AUGUGGCGAAUUGUUUUCUGGAGAUCGCAAAAUGCGUCUCGUAAUUUGGCCGUCACUGGAAUCACGAAGAAGAAGACUCAGUCUCCAUCGCUGACCUCACUUUCCAGAUUCUCCUUCCUCGAUUCUGGAAAUGCUUCUGCGCAAAACAUCAGGUUCUUCUCACGAUUUCUUGAGCAAAGAAGCUUAGACGCAGAAGGGAAAAACCUUUUAGCCCAGUUCUUUGCGCGAAUCCUUGCGUCCUUGGCUCGAGAGUUCCCGAAACUUGGUCGCCACUACCGGAAAUGGGCUGCUGGGAACCGGAUCAUGGAUUUUGUCACCUUUUGGCCUCGAGGUUUCACCCCAAGACGAGGUUUCACAGAGACGGAGGCGGUGAUCGAGCUUGGACGGAUGCUGGCCUUGCUUGUCUUCUUUGUGUUUGUGUGGUACUGGUCGCCGGAGGCACCUAUUGGUCCUGAACAUCAUCCUUUCAAAUUCGGUAAAGCAGAAGAGGAAGUGGAAACCGCGAGGAAGAUCCUAGAGGUGGUAUCGAUUCCACCGAUUACCUAUCCUGAGGAGAGACGAAGCUUUGUAACUUAA